UAUCACUUUGGUAUAAGUAUUUGCUGUACAUGUGUGUUGGAAAAAUACCAAACUAAAUGAAGUCAUCCCAGUGUGACUGAAGGAUUACGAUUCUCAUUGAUGCCAGCCUCAAAAUAUCUUAGUUAUCUCAAUUUCGGUUAUCAGUGGAAAAAAUGUUGACAAUAUUGGAUAAAUAGACCGUUCUCGAGCCACAACUUUAUUUUUGAAAAACUAUGGGAGGAAAAAAAGGACCAGAGAAAAAUCGAAAUUAUGAGAAAAAUCGCCGAGAUAGAUUCAAUAACCAAUUCGUCGAAUUGAGUAAACUGCUGCCGGAUUUAAAUUCAUCGAUAGUGAAACUAACCAAAGCCGAAAUAAUUGGAAGAACUAUUCAAUAUUUGCAAAACACUCAAAUAAAGCAUAAAAAGUUGGAAGAUGAAUCUGAAAAAGAAAAAAAUCAUAUUGAUGAAUUACAAAAACGAGUUGCUGGGUUACUUCAAAUUAUUAAAGAACUUAUCACACAUCUUCGUAAAUUCGAUGGAAAUUUUCCUGCUUCGCUACCUUUUGAUGAUUUUGUAUCCUUUAAAGAAGCUUAUACGAAAUGUAAAAGAAAAUAUAAUGAAAAUAACGAAAACGAAGAUACCAAAAAAGCCAAACUGAAUUCAAUUGAGAAUACAAACCCCGAGUCUGAAACCAAUUCAACAAUUGCGAGUUCCACUGAAAGCAGUAUUAUUUCAACCACCACUGAUACUACUUCAUUAGAAAAUGUACCUGGUACAGCUUCACACAAUACAACUGCGCGUGUUUCGUCGGUUGAAACUGUUCCUAUUGUGCAGUCAUCGGGAACAUCUGCCGAGCCACCAAAAUCCGUUAAUACGACGGUAAUGAAUCUUCAGACUCCUAGUGUUCUGCGAUUAGACUCGAAUUCGUUGAUUUUACCCAGCGCCAAUAUUUUGGCUGUGAAUGGUCUACAGAAUACGGUAAUCAGUCCCAUCAACAGUUCACAGACUUUACUGGUGAAUAAACAAAUCACAGUACCUACGUUAAUUUUGAUGCAAAAUAGUAACGUCUUCCCUGUUUGCUCUGUUCAACAAGUCGCUGUACCGCAGCAAAGAUCGCAAAAACUAAUUGUACCGAAACAGUCUGCUAUCUCAACAAAAACCACCUUCAUAAACAAAAAACCAAUCCCGGCGGUCUGUUUAUAUAAAUCUACAAAAUCCGAAAAUGAUCCCUCUUCAAAUAACGCUUCUAGUUCUGUUCCAAUAAAAUCUAAAAAAAGUAGAAAAUCUAAAGGAAUUUUGGUGAACUAUCCUAAACGUAAACCUCCGAUUAAGAAAAAACCUCGGACUGAGAAUCAGAAAGAGAGCGCGGAAUGUACCGAACCAUCAGCAACAGCAACUGAACCGAGUGCACUGCCGACUGAAAAAGAUUUCCCUGCGUUGGAACAGUUUGAUAGUAAUGAGAAAUCCGGAUCAAAUGAAAAUGAUACAUUCAAUAUGGAAAACUGUUAUUCUAUGAAUGAAAGUACCUUCAGCGAAGGUAAUGAAAACAGUAAAAAUUAUUCUUGUUCUGAGAACAUAUUUGAUACCAACGAUACGCAAAAUUCAAACGAAUUCAACGCUAAGAAUGUACAAUUCAUCGAUUUCUUUGAGAACAGCUCUACUAGAAGUAUAGAAAACUGUACUGAAAAUGUUCAUUCUAUGGAUUCUUCGCAAUAUUUGAAUCCAGCGGAAAAUACGUGCGAUAAAAUUGAAAAGUCUGCGUCGAAUCAAAACGUACUAGAUAUGAAUUACAAAAGAAAAGAGAAUUACGACGAUCACUUGAAUAUAUGUGCUAGUAACUUUUCCAGCACCAAUAUCAGUUGCGAUGGCUUAGAAUCAAAUAGGCCUAAAGAGGCUGAAUUGAAAAGCACUAAUGAAAAGAAUGAUUCGAUUUGCACGAGUGAAUCCGUAAAUCAUGAAAAAGGUAUAAAUUCUAUAUACCAUCACCUGCCAACCUCUUGCGGCGUAUCUAAUGACUCGCUUUUGAUGAAAUUUGUCCCUAAUGGUUCGACGUCUAGUUCUAGUCACGACUGUAAUAAAAAUUACUCUCAACCAGUCACUAUGGAGACGAAUUUUGAUAAUUCUAUUAUGAAGGAUGUGCAUAAAAAUAAUACCACCGGAGAAAAUGUACUGUCAAAAAGAAAAUCCGCUGAUAAAGAAAUCGCUCCUUUAUCCAUACAAUGCAACGUACCUGAGAAUAAAUCCAUCUCUAAAGAAUUGAGUUUAUCCUUGAUGGAUGAAAAGAAGCAUUACGAUAAUGAUUCAUCAUUUGACGAAUUUUCCAACGAUUUAUUCACCUCGUUACAAGUACCUGCAAGUGGUCAAAAUACUGAUUCUAUUUCGCCAACAGCUGCAUUUUUGUUGACUUUCCCAUUAGUUUCAAGUUGUAAAAACACCGAUUUAUUGCCGGAGCACGAACACGAAGAUGAUAAUGUUCAUACAACGGCGACCACGUCAACCACAAUUUUGCAAAUAGGAAAUUUAGAAUCCCCUCCUACUCUAUUAUUUACUUCUAGUAAAUAUUCAAACCGUGAGACGCAGAAAGCUGUUGGCGAUAAAUUGAAUUUCUCAUGUAACAAGCCGGAUGAAUCAUAUUCCGCUACAUUUUGUCAUAGUACCGUUUCUAAUUCACUGGUCAACGAUUCGAAUAGUGCUGAGAAUUCGUCGACUUCACUCAAAGAGAAACUCAGGGAAAGCUGCAAAGAAAAUGAUAUCGGUAAACAGUACCUGCCGAUUGGACGUUCAGAUGGGUAUAACUUCAAUGAUGUUUCAUUCGGUCAGAAAAAUACUUGCGUUAACAAAGAUAUUCUACCUGUAUCGCAGAAUUUGCCAUUUUACGCUCCAUCGAGUACAGCUGCAACCUUCCCAUCGUAUAAUAUAUUCACCAAAUACAAUGACAUUGCACCUGUUACAGCAUCUUACCACAGUCUCGGAUCACAACCAUUUUCUGUAACCAAAUCAGUGGCCAGUGAUUCAGUCAGCGAUUUCAACUCGUGGGCUACAGUACCGCCAGUUUACAGUCAAGAAAUCGAUUCGUUGAAAGAUAAAUCCAAACGAGACAAGUGGACGUCAACUCAUUCGUUUAAGAAUAAACUGAAUGACUUCUCUGCCAAUAUAUCAACGUUCGGAUUAUCGUUGAAUGAUUUAAAUACAACGCAGCUUGAUCGGCCUAAGGUCGAUAAGACGAAAAAACCGCAAAAACCAAACAAUACCAAGCUGGUCAACUGGAUGACAUCGCCGGAUCUUAAAAAUACUCCAGAUACUUCAUCUCAAUCGCAUUCUUUAACCGACAAUUUCCUACUUCAAAAAGACGACUCGAUCGGUACGAAUACCUUUAUGAACAACCCUGGUAUAACUAACGUCCAGAAUAAUUCAUCUGCUUUUGGAAACGUUUCGUAUUCAUCUACAGAUUACUUUUUGGAUAAUCAAAAUUAUGUCGAGAAUCAAAAUCUAACCAACGCAAAAGUUACGUAUUCGUCGUCAAAUCCUACGAGUUACUCGUGGUCUCCGUCCAAGAGUACGCUGCCGACUUUGCCGCACUUGGAUACUCAUAAUAUGAUGAUACCGUCAACAUUACCCACGUUAGUAGGCGAUUUAGCUUUAGGUAACUCCAGUACCAGCGGGCCGAUAGAUAAAAUCUUCAAUAAUUACGAUUUAUUACCGAAGAAAUGUGCUCCUGAGGUGGAUAAAACGUCAAAACGUGAUACGUGUAAUAAGAAUUAUUGCAAAAAUGAUCGAAUUCCCGUUCAUAAUGAAUAUAUCAAGAGUAGCUCUCAAAGUACAUUUUUAUCGGUGACUCAGUUGGUCGAUGAUAAAGAUCGUAUGCCGGACGAUAAAUUUUCUGGUAAAAAUAUCUCCAAGUCCAACGUCAAAAUAGGCGUCACCGCUGGUAUUGAACAAGCUUGUAGUUUCGAUAACGAUCUCAAUAGAGAUAAAUGCAAUUAUUUGAGAAACAAAGAAAACUACAGUACUGUUCUGAAACCUGCCGAAAGCGCUGAUUAUUCCAAGAAGGCCUACAGUAAUGCUCCCGUCAACUCGUCCUGCGCUACAAAUUCGACCAAAACUGACAUCAGUAGCAACGAAAGUACUCUGAAAAAUAAUCAUAAUUCGAACAUGAAAUGUAAAAGUAAAGAAUUGAAGUACAACGUUAAUAGAUGCUUAGCCAAAGAAAACAAAAAAGAAAGUCGAUCAGCGGUCGCUUCAUCGCAUCAGAAACCUUACGAUUACGGUAUUCAGACUCAGAACAAUGCAACUAACUGUGAUAAUAUGUUAAAUAAAGCUGUGAAUCCGCUAUCGAAUAAAAAUAGCAAUUACAGCGCCGAAUCUCUGAUUAGCUCGAGCAAUCAUCAAAAUUCGUGCUCGUCGCAAAAUUACUUCUCCUACGACAACUCUAACUACGCAAAUUGCUCCAGCAACGAUUACUCGAGAAAAAGAAUCGAACCAGAGACUGAUGCUUCGUUAACGAAUGUUGGUUACUAUACGAACACUAAUUACGUGUAUCCUAAUAAUUUUCAAAGUUUCAAUAACUACGGAUUUUCCAAUCAAUGCUACAAUAAUUAUUCGAGUCAAAUACAACCUUCCGGCCUACAGAAGAAAAAUCAAAAAGAAGAUAUUUAUAAUAAGCAAGAUACGGAUUGGUACGCUCCGCAUUAUAAUUCUAUCGUACCAGGAGAUUUUGGUAAUCAUAAUAAAUCGACUGAUAAAUGUAAACAGUCGUUUACAGCGAAUAAAUGCCCUGCAGUGCAAAAGAAUUCGGUGAAUAAUUCGAAUCCCCAAAACUCUAAAUAUUAUAACUAUAAUGCCAGUGCGUUGACGAAUAAUUCGACAAAAGCCAAUUGCAGCUUUAAUACUUCUUAUUCGUUCAGUCAGUCGAGUCAGCAGUGUUCUGAGAUCACUUGUUCGGCUCCAAAUUACGAAAUGAAAUCUAAUCGAAAUACCGCCGCCGUGAAUUCUAAUAACGUACAUACUGCCACCAGUUUAACCAAUUUCAAUCUCAGCGCCAUUUUCCCGGAAAUCAAUGAUAAACACUGUAACCAGAGCAGACCUGUCAAUACGAUUGGAAAUGAUAAGAAAGAUACAAAUUAUUGCAACAAAAUCAGUAUGGAUGAGAUGAAUUAUAACUAUUUGAUACAGCCAUCUAUCGAGAAUAAUAUGGAGACGGUUCCAGUUUAUGGUUCUACUAGUUAUCAAAUGCAGCAUUUUCCUGAUUUCGGUAAUCGUAAAUCACAUAAAUGAGAAUGAAAUCCCUAGAAGAUUAUGAUGGUUGUUGAGAAUUUGGGCAGCUUGAGUAUAUAUUCAUCUUAUAAGCAGAAUAGUAAUGUAAUCGUGAACGUGAAAUAUACUUAUACGAUAGAUAGUUCCUACAGAAUUCCGAGUGAAAAUUUGAUUUCAUGGACAUAAAUUUUGAGCAUUUAAUUAAAUAAUUUUGUACCUAUUUAAUUUUUAAAUAUAUUUUUUGGUUGUUACUUAUAAUUAUUAUCGAUGCCUAAUUUUGUUAUGCAUUUUUAUUUAUCCAGAUGGGAAAAAUGUAUUUAUUUUUUCAUUUUGACUGUUACCAUAUAAAAUUUAUUUUUACAGUUAUUAUAAUAAGUUGAACUGUUGAUUAAAUAAAUUUUUAUCCUCUUUA